AGCCAUGGAUCCGCGGCACAGGGACUUUCUGGAGAAGUGUCACCACAACUUGGCCCAGUCCGUCACCGUCACCGACGCCGACCAGCUCGUGGAGGUUCUGUCCCGGGGAGGGACGCUGAGCCCGGCCGAGCGCCACGAGCUGGCCCGAGGCGGCGGCUGCGGCAGGGAGAAAGUGGAGCUCCUCGUCAAGAUCCUGCUCCGCAAGGACCGGGACCACUUCGCCGACUUCUGCUCGGCCCUGGAGGAGACCAACCCUCACCUGCGCUCGGUCCUGCUCACCGGUACCGGGCCCGUGGAGCAUUGCACCGGGUCCACCUACAGCGUCUUGUCCACCAUGCCGUCAGACUCCGAGAGCAGCGGCUCUCUCGGCAGCGUGGGCACGCCCACUCCGGCCUCCUCGCCACCGCUGGCCCACGUGGACGGUCACCGGGUGAACGAGAAGAUGGAGACCGUCCUGUUGCAGCUCCGCCACGUGUCCCGGGAGCGCGACGAGCUACGCAAGCGGCUGGCGCUCUCCUCGCCCGGGAGUACCUUCGACGACUGCAGGCCCAACUCGAAAGCGGGUCACGACUACGAGCGGCUCAAGCUGCAGUGUAUGAAGGCCAUGGCCGAGCUGCAGUCCCUGCAGAACCAGCACAGCGGCACCCUCAAGAGGUGCGAGGAGGCCGUCAAGAAGGCCGACUUCUACCACACGCUGCACAGCCGCCUGGCUGGCGAGCACGGCCAGCUGAAGGACGAGCUGGAGGCGCUGAGGCUGGACAACGUGCGGCUGCUCCGCGAGCACGACCACGCCAAGCAGACCUGCGAGGAACUGCUCAGGCUGCGCGACCGCGACCAGCGGGAGGUGGCCGACAUGCGCGCGCUGCACCAACAGGUGAUCCGGGAGGGCUCGUCGGACGCCCUGAACAAGCUGUACGACUCCGCCGUGGACAAACUGGAGAGCGUGAGGAGCGACUACGAGGGUCUGCGGAAGAUCUACGAGGACACGACGGCCGAUCGCAACGCCGACCUGAGUCGCCUGGACCGCGCCGAGGAAGAGAAGCGACGCCUCCAGAAGCAGCUGGACGUGCUGAUGAAGCAGAGGGACGCCGCCAUCCACUACCAGCAGCAGUACUCGUCGUCCGUACGCAGGUUGGACCAGCAGGAGCUGUCCAAGGCGGCCGCCCAGAACGUGGAGCUGCAGCACGAGAUGGAGCGGCUGCAGUCGGAGGCCACGCGCUCCAAAACGCAGCAGCUCAAAGCGGCCAAGGAGUGCGAGAAGUACAAGGAGGAGCGCGACUCGGUCACGGGCGAGUACCGCCUGAUCAUGAGCGAGCGCGACCAGGUGAUCAAGGAGGUGGAGCGGCUUCAGACCGGGCUGGAGCUGGCGGAGGCCAAGCUGAAGAACACGUCCUCGGAGCGGCGGGUGGCCAGCGAGGAGCUGGAGGCUCUCCGCCAGGAACUGUCGUCGUCGCUGAUGGAGCGCGACCGUGCGGUGUGCGAGAAGAGCGAGCUUCUGGAGAAGUACUGCCACGAGGUGAAGGACAAGGCAGAGGCGCAGAAGGUGCUGAGCCAGGCCUGCGAGGACAUGGAGACGGUGCGCGAGGAGCGAGACGUGGCCCGCAAGGAGAGGACGGAGGCCAUCAUCCAGCGGGACCAGCUGCUGCGCGAGUAUUACCAGGCCAGACAGAAACAAGACUCUGUCACUCUGGACGUGGAGCGGGCCAACAAGGAGAUCGAGAUGCUCCGGAAGCAAUACGAGGCCGUCGGCCAGGAGCUGAAGGAGGCGCUGCAGGAGGCCGAGGUGGCCAAGUGUCGCAGGGACUGGGCCUUCCAGGAGCGGGACAAGAUCGUGGGAGAGAGGGAAAGCGUUCGCACCUUGUGCGACAACCUGAGGCGCGAGAGGGACAGAGCCGUGAGCGAUCUGGCGGAGGCGCUGAGGAAUCUGGACGACACCAGGAAGCAGAAGAACGACGCCGUGCGAGAGAUCAAAGAACUCAAGGAAAAAAUGGAGGACCAAUUGGAGAAGGAGGCGCGGUUCCGCCAGCUCAUGGCUCACAGUUCGCACGAUUCCGCCAUCGACAUGGACUCGGUUGAAUGGGAGACGGAAGUUGUAGAGUUUGACAAGUGCUGGGACAUGGAUUUGAAAGCACUUGGCUUUGAUAUCGCAGAGGGGGUCAAUGAUCCUUAUUUGCCAGGAGAUUGCGGUGUGUUUGUCAGUAAGGUGGACAAAGGAAGUCUAGCAGAAGGACGAUUAAGGGUGAACGACUGGCUGCUGAAGAUCAACAACGUGGACCUGACCAGCAAGGACAGGAAGCAGGCCAUCAAAGCGGUGCUGAGUGGCGAGGGCGUGAUCAACAUGGUGGUCCGCCGCAGGAAGUCGCUUGGGGGGCGGGUCGCCACCCCUGUCCAGAUUAACCUCGCCGGACACAAAGACUGCGGCAUCUGCCUGGAAAGCGGAGUGUUUGUUGCUUCGCUGGCGCCUGGCAGUCCGGCGGUCCGAGACAAUGCGCUCACAGUUGGGGACAGGCUGCUCGCUAUUAAUGGCAUCUCGCUGGAUAACAAGUCGCUGCCCGAGUGCGACGCUCUGCUGAGGACGUGUCGCGAGUCGCUCUGCAUCUCCCUCGCCAAGUUCCUGCCUCAGAGCUGCUCCGGCCAGAGUUUAUACGACGGUCUGAAGGACUCUGAGAAAGUCUCCAAAAACUGUCGCAACUCCAAGCACAGCUGUUCCACGCAGGCCGACGGCUGCGCCUGCGAGAUGAGGUGCCGAUUUGGCGGCGGCGGGGAUGACGACGGAGCGCCCGGAGACGCCGGUCUUCAUUGUCAACACGUGCCCGACGACUCCCUGCACUCCCGUAGCCCCUCGGAACCCCUGGCAGAGUUCUGCUACAGGAGGCAGGACUUCCAGCGUCUCCCCUUCACCUUCACGCCUGUGCUCCCCGACCGCGGCCCUUCUUCGAGGAAGGCCGGCGGAGGCACGUGGCCCAAAGUCAUUGCGGGACCGUCUAUCCCGGAGUGUGCGCGGCUUUCCAUCUACAAGAGAUCCAAGCAACGCAAGUCCAUCUUUGACAUGAAUACAUUCAGGAGACCGGAAGCUCCUCCAAAACUGGACUACAUGUCGCUUUCUCAGCUGCCCAAAGACUCGCCGCAGAGCUCGGUGGCCGAAUCCUCUCAAGGUCCGCCCGCCCCGCCGACCAGGAGCGACUCGUUCAGAUUCAAACACUCGCUGCAGAACAGCUCGGCGUCAGACUCCACCAUCCCGGCCUCCCCGCCCCGAGGGAGCAGUCCGGUCGUGGAAGGCGACUGCGCCAAGCAGCUCUACUACACGGCGGAAGCUUCGCAUCGAGAGUCCAAGUUGCUGGCGGAGGACGACGGGAGUCAACCGCGGGAGUCGGAGAAGAGAAGGUACCGGCCCAAAUCGGCACCGGCGCUGCGGCGGAACGUGACGCCGUUACACAUCCCGGUUCCCAUGCAGGUUCAUCAUUUCUCAAAAGACGAGCACUCGCCCGAGCCGAUGGAUUUGUUGCGCUUCUCUCCGAUGCGAAAUAAUCGCUACGGCAUGCACUUUGCGCCCCCCAGCUACAGCGGCGGCGUGACACACUCCGCGCAGCGAGGCUUAGCUUCAUGUCCAGCGAAGACGGCCGUGAUGAGGAACCCGGUCUACGGCGCCUGGAGUCACGAAGUGCAGACCGGCAACUGUCCGCCAGGGCCCAGCUCCGGCGUCCACUCGCAUUCACGUGCAAACCCCCAGCAUCACGGUCGCCACAGUGUGGACCUCAACCACCAGCUCGCUGGGGACGUUGGUGACGCCGGCCGAGCACCUCACGGCACCAAUUCCCUCCCCUCCGGCUCCAGACUGGGCUCCCUGAGUGCGUUGCAGUUUAGAGCCGAGCGCAUUAGGAUUCCACCGACUCGGUAUCCGUGCUCCGCUGGAUCGGAUCGAGGCUCCCGCUCCCAUUCAGAGUGCAGCUCACCGACGACGCCUCCCAGGUCCCCCGUCGGCCCGGACGCAUCGUCCUUCGCCGGCAGCCAAUCGUCGAGCUCCAUCUCCACGCAGCUCAGGAUAGCCGUCAGCCCCGCACCGGUCGGUGACGGACGGAAGGACGGAUUUGUCAGGCAUCGGCUGGCUGCUCGGCCCAAGUUCCUCUCUUUGAGAUGCUUGAGGCCGUAUUUGGAGGAGCCGCGCAACGUGACGGUGCAGAAAGGAGCCGAGCCGCUGGGUAUCUCCAUCGUGAGCGGCGAGAACGGCGGCGUGUUUGUGUCCAAAGUCACGGCGGGAAGCAUCGCUCACCAAGCUCAUUUGGAGUACGGAGAUCAGCUGUUGGAGUUUAACGGCAUCAACCUGCGGAAUGCGAACGAGCAGCAGGCCCGCUUGGUGAUCGGGCAGCAGUGCGACACGGUCACCGUUUUGGCUCAGUACAACCCACACAUGUUUCAGCUGGGCAAUCACUCUCGAUCCAGCUCUCGCAUGGAGUCCAGCAGCGACCGGCCGACCCCCCGCGACAGCGGCUCCACCACCCCGGACGACGGCUCCGUGGGCGACGCCCUCAGCGAGCAGGACGAGGGCACCGUGACGCCGCCAUCCAAGCAGACCGCCCCCGCCGCCAGCCCCCACAGCACCUUCAGGCUUCCCGUUGCCGCUUUACGUCGCACCGCGGAUUCGCGACUGGUGAGGCUGAAGAGGAUCCAGGCGGAGCUGGGAGUCCAGAUAUGCGGAGGCAACCUGUACGGUGUCUUUGUGGAGACUCUGGAUGAAGAUAGUCCUGCUAAAAGUGCUAAUGGCCUGCUGCCCGGAGACCGGAUCCUGGAGUACAACGGCGUCAGCAUGAAGAACAAAACCAAAGAGGAGGCUUACCUGGAAUUGUUAAAGCCCGCCGAAACGGUCACGUUCAAGGUACAAAACUGCCUGGACGAACUGGCCGCCGUCAAAGAGACACCCGGAGACGGAGUUUUCAUCAGAUCGCUGUACGAGAGGGUGGCCGACACGGAGCAAGAGCUGAGCUUCAAGAAGGACGACAUCCUGUACGUGGAGGAUACGCUGCCCAACGGCAACUUCGGCUACUGGAUGGCGUGGCACCUUGACGAGAAGGGGCAGAAGUUGGAGAACGGGCAGAUUCCCAGCAGAUUCAUGAUGGACCAGGAGUUCUACAGGAGACACGGCAUGAGCGACAUGAAAGACGACGGCGGCGGGGGCAAAACUUUGUCGGCCGCCGCCCGGCGGUCCUUCUUCCGCCGGAGGCUGAAGCACAAGCACAACGGAUCCAAGGACGGGAAGGACCUCAUGGCGUCUGAAGCCAUGAUGUCUGAAUACUUGCCCAUCACAGAAGAUGGCGUGAGCCUCAUGUACCAGCGGGUCCAGAAGGUGGAGUGCUCGGCCCCCAGACCGGUGCUGAUCCUGGGGCCGCUAGCCGAGGCCAGUAAGGACAUGCUGGUCAACGAGGCGCCCGCCAAGUUUAGUCGCUGUCUGCCGGAGGUCAUGAAAGCGUCCCAGCAGGCCAUCGAGCGAGGCGUGAAGGACUGCGUGUUCAUCGACUACAAGCGACGCAGCGGCCAUUUCGACGUCACCACCGUGGCCUCCAUCAAGGAGAUCACGGAGAAGGACUCGAAGCACUGCUUGCUCGACAUCGCCGCGCACGCCAUCGAACGCCUGCACAGCGUCCACAUCUACCCGAUCGUCAUAUUCAUUCGCUACAAAAACGCCAAGCAGAUCAAAGAGCAGAAGGAUCCGAUGUACCUGCGGGAUAAACUCUCCCAGAAGCUCUCCAAGGAGCACUUUGAGGCAGCCCAGAAGACGGAGCAGGACUACAGCCGCUUCUUCACAGGUGUCGUCCAAGGCGGCAGCGUCUCCUUCAUUUGCACUCAGAUCGUCGCCGUCGUCGAGCAGGAGCAGAAUAAAGUUCUGUGGAUCCCCGACGGAGCGCAGUAGGGGGGGGGGGGAGAAAAAUAUCCACACGAUGUCAUCGUAGGCAUGAAUCGGUACAUUAACUCUUUCCGUUUCACCUGAAGCCACUGCCGUCGACGUAAUAUGCGCGCUAUACAAUAGUGAUGUGCUGCACUGCAGUUAGUUGUUUACACUAGUAUUUAAUACUACUUGAAUUCACGUGUUUCUACUUUUAAAGACACCGUGGACCACCGUGCAAGCGGGUUCCCGUCGCUAUACGAUAUAUUUAUGUACAUUUUUAUCAAAUUGUGGAGAUGUAGCUAAAUAGUAUUUGACAUGGAGGAUAACACCCCCCCCCCCCCACAGCUGUUUUUCAUUUCACGCCUCACGUUAUGAUGUCAUCAUGCCAAUCUUUUCUAAUAUUUAUUAUAAUACAUGCGAUGCAAAAAAGCUAAACAGCAGCUUUUCAGUGUGUGUGUGUGUGUGUGUGUUUUCUACGCGAGUUGCCAAUUGCGUUCUGAGCGUUCCUUUUGUCUUUCUUUUCUUAUAUAUAGUUUCAAAGGGAUUAUUAUUUUUUGCCUGGUGCUUAGCAGCCGGCAGUCCGGCUUAGCGACGCGCAUCUUCCACAAUUUCAUCUGUCGGAAUGUAAACCCAAAGUUUCUUACAGUGAUUAAAAAGGGUACGAAUGAUGACGACGUCACAAGUUUCGGCGCAUUCUUUUCCAAGAGCGCUUCUUACGUUGAUUACGUGCAAUUUGAAAAACCGAUGCGCUGCGCACGCUACCCUGUGGGAUACCAAAACCCACUGUCCGCAUCUUUAAAAAGUCAGCCCGAGAUGGAUGCGAGACAAUGACCGAUCAAAUGAUAGCCUACUGCACGUGGGACAAAAUCAAGUACUCAAACGGUUGAAGAGAUAUAAAAUAAAUGAUUUCAAAAAUAUUGAAGUUGUGGUGGCCCACCUUUUGUUGUUGUUGUUGUCCGUUUGAUGCGGUCACCGACCUUUUUGAAACCGUGAGCUACUCGGUACCGAUUACUGCUGAGGCCUACCGGUUUGAGAUUGACUUCUGAAAUAACAAAUUUGCUCAAAUCAUUUUUCAUUAUGUGAGUGUUUUAAAAUAUUCAUAUUGUUGUUGAAGACAUUGAUCCUGUCAAUGAUUUCUCACAGUAUUUAUGAAGAAUCGUUUAGGAAUCGGAUAAAAAUCAAUGCUCAACAAUUGAUUUCUUUAAAUCUCUGCAAGUGUAGGAAAUCAGUCCGAUGUUCAUCGCCGCUAACAAUUUGUUUACGAAUCCUGAACUAUGUUGCGCCAUGUUUGUACAAGUUUAUUCUGAAUUAUGUAACAUACAGGGAUCUGCUUUCAGGCUUUGAGAAAUCUCUUUUUGAACUUGUAACCAAAUCGGAAGCAUUUUUAACAAUUCUUCAUUAUUUGAAUGUCUUUCGUUACCACUGAGAACAUGUUUGUUUGUUUGUUUGUGGCAUUGCAUGAUGUGCACCUGUAAAUAUUGAAAUAAACCAAUAUUGAGAUCAUCAAACACACUGAAAUUAAAGUGAGAUAAAUAUCGAUUCAAAUGAAUACAUUUCAAUAAAUGAAGCCCCAACCCCCAGUGCGCGUUGUCUCCGGUGUCCGCCAUCCCACCUGGGCACUCCCGGAGGCGAAGCGCAACCUAACGCCAGCGCCUCCGCUAACCUC